AAACAAAUGAAAUUGACAAACUUGUUGAAAAGCAAAAUAAUAUAACUAAUAAAUUAAAAAAAUGUUUACAAUGUUUUAUAUCAAACAUUGAUAACAAAAAGCGAAAUUGCCCUAAUUGCAACACCAAAUUACCAACACUUACUUCAAUAAAUCAAGCUUCGUCUAAUCAAGCUUCAUCUUUUCAACAACCGUUAGUAUCAGAAGAUACAAAUAAAACAAUAAUAUUUAAGCCUUACGAAUUUAAAGAACUAAGCGAAUCUAGUAUUAAA